UGUAUAUAUAUAUAUAUAUAUAUGUAUCAAUUUUGUAUCUGAUCUAAUUAAAAACAUUCUAAUGUUAAAAAGAUUUUUAUUUAAAAAUUUUGCUAAAUUUUCGGCUGCAAACUGCUAGCCUUCUUCUGAGCAAUGUGGCUACUAAAGUCAGAUUGAAUUGUUUUUAUAAUCAGUCUACUGUUCUGCUUGAUUGAAUUAAUCAACGGUAAAUAGCAGGAUGGAAAUUCAGCAUGUUCAUUCAUUUGUGUAUAAUUUGUAACUCCUUUCUCGAGUAUCACGGCGUCUGACUUUGCGGCAUCGUGUCCGGUACUUUCUGCGUGUUCUUUAAUUGCAGAAAAGAUCUUUUUGCGAACUCCUGGCUUGUGUUCCAACCAUCUAGAACACCAACAUCUCUUCGAUUCACCUAUGUACGAAAAAGAGUAGGAUUUGCAUUCAUAUCUGUACACUACAGCCUUUGUUCUCUCCUCUGAUGGUCUUGUCUUUGGUAUGCGAAAUAUAUUUGUCAACAUGUACGUACAGGUUUAAAUGCAACCCGAACUCCUGCUUUUGUUAGAACACUUUUUACUUUUUCAGAGACACCUUUGACGUAUGGGAGACACGUCGAACCUCGUAUUUCAUUUUCCACGUUUCGAUUUACUUGUGUACGAUCAUUUAUAACUUCCUCAAUGAAUCUUUUCGUAUAACCAUUUAAUUCUAAUGCGUGCAAAACAUUCUCAGUCUCUUCAGCCUGCAAAGUCGAGUUAGAUGGAAUAGUCUUUGCUCGAUUCAACAACGUUUUUAUAACAGCUUUUUUAUCAUUAACAUGGCUGUGAGAAUCAAACGUCAAAUAUUUAUCCGUGUGUGUACUUUUUCGAAAUACUUUCACAGCAAUGUUAUCAGAUGCGGUACUGAGUAAUUCUGUAUCUAAAAAUGCAAUUGUUUGACCUCCGUCUCCAUUCACAACAGGCAUUUCAAAUUUUCAAUCGUAAACUGGAUAUGAGGGUUAAUGGAGUUUAUUCAGUGGUUGAUCAGAGUCCAAAGUUCUAUUGGUAGCAACGAUGUAAAUAAUUUCAGCCAAAUUUGUCUAUUUCGUGAGAAAAACCAUUGGAAUCUACGCCUACGUUCAUAUAUCAGUCUUAAAUUUACCAAAAAAAAUUGCUGUGUAAUGAUGACCAACCACCUUGACUACCAGAGGAUGACCCACUGCCACUGGUACUCAGAUACGGUAAAGGAAAUUGAAGCAAGACGCUGUGAAGUGGAAACACCAUGUUUCUCAUGUUCGUGAAGGAUUAUUUUGUGGUUGAAAAUACCUGCUUUCUUCGAUAAAUUUGGGUCCAAUUUCGGUUUGUUUUAACCUGUUUUGAUUCUCCAGGACAGCAUGAGUAAGUACACUAGCUAUUCUGUGGUUCUAGACGUUUUGUGGUUGUAAACUAUUGACACAACACCACUCUUUUUGAAAGGCGAUGCAAAGGUCCUGUUCGACUAUGAUGCCGAAGCUGACGACGAAUUAACUCUCAAAGAAGGAGAUCUUAUACGGAAUAUUGAGAAGAAAGAAGAUGGCUGGUGGGAAGGAGAGCUACACGGAAAACGGGGAAUGUUUCCUGAGAAUUUUGUAGAGGAAAUUAAAAAACCUGUCGAAACAAAAAAUACUGAAGUGAAACCAGUUCCUGACAAAAAUGGUAAGUUGCUCGACAGCUCGAGUCAGCAAUUCUAGACAAAUUAUCCUAGACAAGUAACUUAAUAUUUAUAUCCAAACACUUGCCCAAAAAGGGAAGCUAUCUUACACUUCAACUAUAUCAAAAUAUACUGUAUUUAUAUAAAAUAUCCUGACAAAUUAAACCUAAAUUUGGAUGCCAACGUUAAUAGACGUUGGUGAUAAGGCAAAGCGGAAGUAAAUUUUAAUGUACAAAGUGAACUUAAUUUUGAUUAAAUAUCUUUUAAACUAGGUUUAAAUCACUUUCUACAGUAUUUUAAUAAUAUAGUUUUGCGUAAAAAUAUUUUGAUAUGUCGCCCAGUUUGAAGGCAAGCAUUAGAAACAAUUAGAAACACAUGGUUUCAUAUUUUAAAAUCUAGGCGCAUAUUUGUCUUAUUAAUAUCAAUUCCGUCAUUUAUACAGUUCCUUAUUUUAACCAAUUACUCGCUGGCUUUGGAAGCUAAUAUUAUUAAUUCAAGCACUUGUAGAUUCGAGUCUUAAAUGUUUUAUAGUAGAAACAAUUUGCAGGUUGCUAACAACAUAGUAACAACAUUUUGGUUUACUUUCUCUAUCACAUUUUAUGCUCUAUAAUUGCGUAGUUUGUUGAUAAGAAUACAGGGGAAAUCUGAAAUAAUAUUGACAUUGAAACUGCAUAAAUUAUAAGACAUAUUUUGUCCAAUAUUGCCUGUUUUGUACGUUGGAAUCUCAAGAGGCUGAUCUUUGAUUUGCGAAAUUUGUUUACAUGUUAAUUCCAAAUAUAGUUGGGGUAAAUUUUUGCAUUCUGUGAUGCUGGCUUUGAUAUUGUAUAGAAAAUUUGGCUGAAAGGAUUUGUAUAUGGUGGUUCAAGUUUCUCCAAUUAAUCAUGGCAACAUGUAAAUGGUUGAUAUUUUCAUUAUGUAUGUGUUAUAUUAUGUUUGAUGAUGUGAUUUAUAAUUCAUCCGCUUAGGUUGUGUGCUGUAGUAACAAGGUGUAAUGUAAUCUGCAUACAUUCCAGCCAAAACAAAUCCUGAACAAAUACAUCUUUGAAAUUCCAAAAUAUGGAUUAUAACGGAGACAACAGUUUAUAUCUAUUGAUAAAAUUUACAACCUUACAAAUUUUGACUUGAUCUCAAUCCAUAUCACAGAUUUUCGACAGGCAUUCUUCAGACUUGUAUAAAGACAUGUACUGUAAAUUGAUCCACAUUCUUAAGUUUGAUUGAUUAACCAUUAAUCCCUCUUAAGAUCUUACUUUGGUGGGUAAAAUGGUCUGGCCUUUGCAGUAGAAAAAGUAAUGGGAGGCCGAUAUGUUUGAAUAAGUUUCGGUGGUAAUCAAGUAGUGAAUGAGUAAUGAACUAAAGUAGAUACAUCAUUCAUCAGUAAUCAAUCAUGAUCUUACUGUUGUAUUUUGUACAUCCAUUAGUCAGUUUAAAUCUUAUUAAAAUAUGUAAUAUUAAAUUGAUGUACUGAUGAUACUGUAAUUCAGACAGGAUGGCCAAGUGCCAAGAGUACCUAAAAUAUUUAAUAUCUCUCUUUGUGGUAACCUCCUUGCCAAAUAUCUUUGGAAUUCCUUAGAAAUACUUGUACUGUAUUCAUAGAAAAGUAUUAAAAUGGAAAUCAGAAAGUCGGGGCUACAUCAAUACAGCAAUAACAUGUAUAAACAAGCAUGAGUAGUAAACUGUGGCACUUCAGGGGGUGAGAUGAGUAUCUGCAGUGAUUUCAGGGGGUGGGAUGUGUAUCUGCCACGAGAAAGUUGCAUGCAGUCAACUUGUGUCAAUUGUUUGGCAAUGGACUUGCCAACAGUUAACCCCUGCUGAUGGUUGGGGGGUUGGGGCAAUUUUUCAUACCUCUGUGUGUUAGUGUUGCACCAGCUAUAUAAGGUAUAACCUGUUUGUUUCAAAGUUGAUAUAACAUUUAACAAACGUUUGUGCCAUCUGACGUAAUCGACUUUCAAGAGCAUCUACAAAAAAAUUAAAACCAAAAAAGAAAAUGGAACAGGUCUACUGUACCUGAGUUUUGCAACAUGAAAUAGGUUAAGCUAGGGCCAAACAAAUACCUGGCUAAAUAUGACUUUCUAUUGAUGUAGUUGUAAAUGAGAAAAGCAGCAUGGCCAAAGUAACAUUUGACUACGAGGCAGAGAAUAAUGAUGAACUCACUCUGAAAGAAGGAGAUAUGGUCAAAGUUCUAGAUCAAGAGGAGGAAGGAUGGUGGAAAGGAGAGUUGAAUGGAAAGAUUGGAGUUUUUCCAUCAAAUUUUGUUGAAUUAGUGAAAGGGCCUCCUCCAAGCACUGCUGAACCUCAACCAGAACGAGAUCUGCCGAAAGAACCAGGUAUAGCUGCCAUUUCUCUCUAGACAGUGACCAAGUUGGUAUUGUGAUUCCGACUAGACAGAUAAUUUGAUUAAUUAACUAGACUCAUGGGCAGAUUGUCUGACUAAUCCAUUGAGCACCAGCACUCUUCCCUUGACAAGUAAAAUCGUCUGGCAUUAGACAGAGUAAAAUAAUAAAGUAUUGUGCAUUGGGGGCACAGUGCAAUUUAAUGGGUCAUUUGUUGGGUAGUUAGGGAAGGACCUUCAAUUAGGAGUGCACCGAUUUUUUAGAGUUCCGGUUCCGGCCGGAACUAGUAAAAAAAGCAUGGCCGGAACCGGAACUCUGUUGUUUUCAGAGAGAUAGAAUAUCAAAUGUUUUUGUGUCUAACAAAAGGUCACAGUAGGAAGAAAUUUGGACUAUGCAAGGGAAAUGUACACUAUUAACACUUCAUUAUGAUGUUUAACGUUUGUCAAUCUUUUUAUUCUAACAUUUGCGAGCUCUCUCCUUUAUGACUUGAAGUGUCUGCCUGUCUGGCAGCGGACAAAGUAACAUAUGACUAUAUAUGGCUUAAUAAAUUAGUUCCGGUUCCGGCCGGAACUUUUUUCCAGUUUCGGUCGGAUCCGGUUCCGGCCGGAACUUAAAAAACUGGUUCCGGUGCACCCCUACCUUCAAUGGACCAUUUGCAUUAUAGACUAAAUUUUGAUCUAGACAAAAAUUUCAUCACAGCUUGAAAGAGCAUCACAACAUUAGUAAUAUUCCGAAGUUUCGUUUGCGAAAUGUUGUAAAAUGCGGAUAAUAUAGCCUUGCGAAAUUUGAAAUUUUCAGUCAUUUUGUAUUACAAACGGGAAAUUGAUGCCCCAACACUCGAUUGGGCUGUCAAUUUCCCGUGCGUAAUACAAAAUGACUGAAAAACGGCAAACUUCGCAAGGCUAUAUUAUCCGCAUUUUACAACAUUUCACAACGAAACUUUGGAAUAUUACUAAUUUUGUGAUGCUCUUUCAACCUGUGAUGAAAUUUUUAUCUAGAUCAAAAUUUAGUCUAUAAUGCAAACGGUCCAUUGAAAUGUCAAAGUUCUCCUUGUAUUUUCCAGGUAGUUGCAUCCCUAUCAAUCUGAAGCUUUUUUUUAUCAUGUAUACUAAACAUCCUCUGUAAAUUUCCACAGCAACUGGAGAGAAAAAAGCGAAGAUGAUGGGUGGUUUGGGAUUGGGACUCACUCAAGAUGCUCUAUCAAAGGUCAAACUUAGGAAAAGUCCCGCAGGUGGUGGCGGAAAUAAUAUUCAAAAACCUGAAAAACCUUCAGAGCCAUCUGAAUUACCUAAAAGGGUAAGACAAUUAAUCUGUUUUGUACAUGGCGAUUACCCCAUUGUAUGAGUACCAGAUCCGCAAUCUCACCUUGAUGAGUAAAAUGGUCUAGUUUUAGACAGAGUAAAAUAAUAAAGUAGUGUACAUUAGGGCACAAUGCAACUUAAUGGGUUAAUACAGUCUAGUUAUUGGGCAUUAUGCAUGUGUACCUGAGUUCAUGAAUGUGUGAAACAAAUGUUCCACAGUGGAUAGUUUUCUAUGCUUUUCAACAAUGUUGUGUAAUCAUGAUUUUUUUGUGUUGGUGUUAUGUACUCAGGUGAAUAUGACGUUUGUGAUGUUACUCUGAGUGUGUAUCCACACCGGGCAAGCUUGAAAAAUAUGCCUGCUCACCGUGGCCAGGCAUAUUUUUCAAGCUUGCCCGGUGUGGAUAUACACUCAGAGUAACAUCACAAAUGUUGUGUAAAUUUAUGUUCACAUGUAUGUAUUUGUUACAGCUUUCUAUGAAAAGAAAUCCACCGAAAAUACCAGAAUCUGACAAGCCACCAAGUAAGUUUUGUUCAUCUCCACUGUGUUUUUCUAUGCAACUCUUAUAUCCUGUGCUCUAUUCAUUUUGAUCGUAUGCCCUAUGGAGAAAUGGCAAUAAAUGUGUUAAUUUACAAAUUACAGUUUGGAUGUAUACUGUACCAUAAAUAAGUUAUUUUAGUAGAAUGAUCUUGAUAGGCUCUUUACGGUUGGCCAAAAAUACUUUAGAACAAUAUGCGACUAGACACAUGAAUUUGUAAGACAAAUGCACUGCACCAGGAACUGCAGGGCCGCAGGUCCAAUUCCUGCUAGAGGAGCUGUAGUUGCAUUUUUUGCAACUGUUCCUGGUUAAAUCCAAAUAAAUGCAUAAAUUUACACACAAAAUUUCCAUCUGCAAAACGUUCCACUCACAGGUUCCAUUCCUGCCAAGGGCUUUUAUGUAGUUGCAUUCUUAUCAGCUUCUGCCCAAGUUUCAGUCAAGUCUUCACUGUAUGUAUACAUGUCAGGGCUGAAAUAACGUUCCCAAUAUUCUCGAUCAUGGUGAUUUUCAGUCAUAACUUUCCCUGGUUUUCAGAUUGAAAAAACCCUGCUUUUCCGCCAAUCAUAAGCAAUUUCAUCAGGGAUGGAUCCAACAUGAUCUGGUAGGGGGGGGGGGUGCUCUGCCAGCUCUGGUGCCGAGUUGUGUCGGUCAUGUGUGCCGCCCGCCCAUCAACUUGCUUGACUACUGCAAAGUCUUGCUUGGCUACUGUAUUUGAAUUGUAAUUGUUGUUCACAGUUUGCUUAUCAUCAUCAUGUGAUUACUCAAAUUACUGUGUCUCAUUUUUUCUCUAAUAUUUUUUUGCUUUAUCAUGAAAAAUAGCACCCCCCUGCACCCCCUCUAGCCCCCAGUAAAUCCAUCCCUGAAUUUCUUGCCAAUCAUUGAUUGUCUGUUAUUUCAAGCCCUGGUAUGUGUAGUGUUUCAUCCAUGAAAAACCAUUUCACUUUCAGAAGCAGCUUCUAAAGGAAAGGAACGUGCUGUUGUUGAAUUUGAAUACGAAGGAGAACAGAAUGAUGAACUGACAUUACAUGUUGGCGAUGUCGUCACAAUUCUUGAGAAAGAUGUGAAUGAAGGGUGGUCCAAAGGAGAACUGAAUGGGAAAAUUGGAUUAUUCCCAGAUAACUUUGUAAAAUUAUUGCCACCAGAACAACCUAAAAAGGUGAGAAGAAAUGACCACAUUUAUUUAGUCUUAAUUUUGUUGUGUGGGUCUAAUCAUCUGGUCUAAUCAAAUGGAUUUAAUCAUCCGUUGAUAACUCUGGUCAUUUUGUACCCAAACGCCAGUCGCACUCCUAUUCCAAUAGCUCAGUGUUCAGAGCACUCUCCCCUGGGUUCCAGAGGUUCUUCCCCGCUCACAAUGGGGAAAAGAGGUUUGGCUUCAUGUAUCCCCUAUUGCCCCGCAAGUGUGGAAGAACCUCUUGGCACCCAGGGUACGUGACAUUUGAACAUAUGCUCAAUUAUUUUGUCUACUAAAUUUCUGGAAAGACACGUGAAAAUCAUAGACAUGUUCUCGAGUUAGACGCAAAUAGUUCAGGCAGAAAUCAUGAGUAACUACAGACAGAAAUCUUGACUGUUUAUUGUAUACUGUUUGGACCCCUUCGUUUAUUAAGAGCCUGUGUUAUUGUCGGUUUAAAUUAUGCAGCAAUAUAAAAAGUGGAAAAUUUAUUAUCCCAUUUCCCACUUGUUUUAUAACUCUACUUCGUUCUUCUUAAAUUUUUUAACAUGAAUAUAACUGGUUUAAGUUGUUUGCUCAGAUCAAAGACAAAUAAAGAUUUACUGUAAAAUCUAAAGCAUAUAAUUAUUGUUUUUAUUUUAAUCUCUAAGUGAGCAUACCGCUUGCAUUGUCUCGAAUAUUAAAUACGGUCGGAGACUCGAAAGCAAUUACGCCCACAAAGAGUCGUAAACAUAUCAUAUUACAAAGCCAGUGUGAACAGCGAGCAGUGAAGCUCAACUUUUAUCUUGUUUCAGGAGCCAGAGGCGAUGACAAAAAGUAAGAGUACAUCAGGUGAUUUUUAUAUAUUUUCUAGAAAUCCUUAUACUUUGUGUAGUAAAUUUGGUGUAAAUGUAAGUCGUUGUAUUGCAGCGAUCAAGUGAUCAUUAAUAUUCCUGUAGUCAGGAAGUAAUGCUCCUUGUAAUUUUUUUGUUUGAUUUUCUCGUGUUGGUUUAUGAUCCCUUUUCGUUAGCACGUUAGCGAUAUUUCCUGGUCGUGUGGCUUGCCUCAACGUUUUUGCUACCUUUAAGCAAGCGUUUUGUAAUAUAUCGCAUUUGUUGCUCAAUCUUAAUUUUAUUUGUUAUUUCUUGGCUUUGUUUGCACUGCAUAAAUUAAUAACUCUUGUCUCUGUUUUCUAAGCAUUUACAUAUAUAGCUAUCAUUUUAUCUAUAUAUAUAUAUAUAGUUUCAUAUAAAAACUAUGUCACUAACUAAAUGGUUAGGGUGAUUAUAUUCAAUGAAUGUUUUUUCUGGUUGAGGGUUUUUGAAAAAAAGGUGUGAAAAUGAAUGAGCAACCUGUCUAUACGGAAGUAUGCUUUUUAAUGUGGUUUUUGUUUGCUAAUACUUCAAACAAAGUUACAAGGGAACUAAUGCAACCAGAUUAAACUGAACUACGUGCUCAACCAACUAAACACGUUUUUGUAUACAUACGUUAAUUACAAACAGAAAAAUUUAAUCUAAAUUUUCUAUAUGUAAUAAUCACCUCAAUAAAUUCUAUAUUAUAAACAGCAUUAUUUGCAUGUAUUCAUGUAGUUUUUCGAUAUGUACCCUUCAUAUGAUUUUCGCUUGUGCGUAUGCAUUGUGUAUAAUGUUGAAGGAAUUUUGUUUAUGUUUUUCCGAGCGAAAACUCUUCAUAACUCAUACCAAACCAGCUGCGAAAAUAGUCCUAUACAGUAGCACAGAAUACUACACAGAAGUCCAUCUCCUUUGUUUUUUGUGUAAGCGCUAUUCGUCAUGAUUCGUCACUCAGCAAGUACCGUAAACAGAAGCAGUCACCCCCCUGGACGAACGCCAUUUUGAGUAUUUCCAGGGGGGUGACUGCUUCUGUUUACGGUACUUGCUGAGUGACGAAUCAUGACGAAUAGCGCUUACACAAAAAACAAAGGAGAUGGACUUCUGUGUAGUAUUCUGUGACAGUAGACCCUCAAGCAAGAAUCGAACCUGCUGAUUGGAUAGCAUUUUGUUCAGUGUUCUUCACUUCUUCCAUAUAGGCGUAUCCCAAGUCCGCGUCAGAAUUAUUUCCCUGUAGCUUUCUUGGCGAGUAUAAAGAUCUUUAUAGUUACUCUACAAAUGUCAAAGCUACAAGUAUUGUGUUUAUCGCAUUAAAACAAGACAAUACAUAUAUCGGCAGAUUUGCACCGUAAUGUGAAUGCUUGUCGAAGGUACUCUCUGCAUUCAGAAAUAACCACAAUGAGAAGUACAGAGGGGCGGGAGGGCGAUCAUAGGGAUGCAUCGAAUAUACAGACAGGAUAGUAAAAUAAUCUUAAAAUAAUCUUAUUAUCCGGCCGGAUAUUUUUCAAGUAUCUGGCAUAUCCGGGUGGACAGGGAAGAAGCUCUAUCCGGGUAACUCUAGCUUCAGAUGACGAAAGUCGAACACACAUCAGCACAAUUCUAAUUUUGGACAGCCAAGUUACAGAAGACCUUGGUCUAAUGUUUCGAAAAUUUUGUAGAUCUUUCUAAAAAACCUCCACUGCCAGUCAGUGAUGACAGUGUAGAUGCAAAACCAAAUCGUCCUGAGUUUCCCAAAUUAAAGAAAACCAACACAGAUCGUCCGCCACCACCUAGCGCUGUUAACCAAACAGAAAUACCAGUCAAACUGAAGCCUGUAGGUAACCCACUAGAUGAUAUUACCAAGAAGUCAGAACCACCACCCCUACCAGACUCCAAACCUUCGGGUAUUGAGGAUAGGCCAAAACCACCCAUCAAGAAAUCACCACCAUCACUACCGAAGAAACCAGAUAAACCAAAGCCACCACAGGAUUUACCAGUAGAUCGACCACUCUUGAAGCAUGUGAAUGGUGUGGAUCCAACCAAGAGACAUUCAACACCAUUCCCUCCCACCGAGAAAGCUUAUGAUGUUAACACGAAGAGACAUUCCCAUGGCGCAGGUACGUGUGGGGAUAAAAAUCUCGUACCCAAGGCCCGCCCUCCCGAUAGAUAAAUAUUGUGUUGAUAAGAAAAAGGGGCGAGGGGUCUGGGUACGAGUGGUUGGGGGUAAACAAUUAUUUAUACUAGAUAACUUUAUAAGAGCUGCUCUGUGUGUUUUACUGUAUGUCAAUUCGAAUACAUGGAAUUUACAGAGACAGAAUCACAGAAAGGCACUGCAAAUAAGUUUGCGCUUUCCAAAUUACUCGGCCUGCUCCAAAUAAUUCAGCCUGCUCCAAAUAACUCCACACUCUUGUAAUAGGUCAGCCAUCUUCAGAUAACUCAACCUUAAAUGAUCGCUCUUUAUAUAACGCAGCUGUCUGUAAAUCUAAACUAAUACGAAAUAUGUUGUCUAGACCUUGGUGUAAAUCUGAACGACAUCAAAUCGAGUGCUGUCUUGCAUCCUCUAACCUCAGAUAGACCAAAAAAUCCAGCCAAAAAUCCUCCGACUAAGUACGGAAAACCACAUUCUCCGGUAAGAGAUCUGUUUCAACUUUUACUUAUUAGCCUUACCAAUGAGUUUUGUAUGAUUUUAACUUUUCUUUUUACAUUUUCACAUUUACAGAAGAAAACAGUCGCUCCUGAGGUAAAGUCCUACAUGAUCUUAAGAUCGUGAAGUUUAUAAAUUCACAUGCAUUUUUUUUUCUAUUCAAGUCAUUAGUUGAUGAGCUUUCGUUAAUCAUGUAGAUACCCCACACGACUUGGCCACCAAAAGAAGAGAGAGAAGCCAGGAAACCGAUGCAAGAAAGACCAAUUGCAGCGGAAAAGGUUCGUAUUAUGUCUCCUAGCUAUGCUUAAGGCUGAUUUUCAUUGCGACAGUCGCUGAGAAUUUCAUUGAGUUCGAGCUAAAAGAUUUAGGGUUGAAAUCUGUAGCCAAAAACAGGGCGGGGUAUGUUAGCUACCAAAUAUAACCAUUGCAGUGUUUCCUUAAUAUUAUGAGCUCAUGCAUGGCAUUUGCGAGUCAACCAAAACGAGCAGAAUGUGGAAUAAUCACAUUAUAAGCAAAAUUUUCUAUGGGUCAAUAAGUGCAGUGAGUCUAUUCCACCCAUAUUUCGCGAAGGGUGUCGCUCAAAAAUCUCUCUGUCUAUUUCCAGCCUCCGAAACCAGCAAUCCCAGAAAUGGCAAAACCUUCAACGAAACCCUCUGAACCCAAAGUUGAUUCAGCUGAGGUUAAGAAGCUGCACGACGAAAUAAACACUCUGAAAAACACUCUUGAAUCAUUCGCGAAGCAAUUUAAAGAACACGUACAAAAAAGCGAGAAGCAAUUGCAAAAAAUGGAGAAAAAAUUUACGGACGAAAUAGAAGACUUAACGAGAGAACUCGACGAAGAAAAAAAGCUUCGAUCUGCUGUCGAUGUCGAAGUGAAUAGAUUAAGAAAAUUAAUUAAGAAUCAAGUGAACUCCUAACGAAUCUUAUGGCGUGGAAAUUGUUUUAAUCAUGUUCUAAUUGUCAGUCGUGUGUGAGGAACGAAUGGUUAAUACGAGAUAUGGUGCACGGUUUGUAAUUGAUGUUUCGUGUUCAUAUUCUUUUUGAAUUAUAGUGAUUUAUAAAUUUUGAUAACAUAUGUUAACCAUGGGUUAAUAAGUAUUGAUAAGCAAUGCAUUUUAUAUUAUAAUAUAGUUACUGUAAUAAAUAUAAAUAGAUUAUAUUACUGUCGUGUACAGAGUAUAUAUGUGGUCGUGGACAAGGGGUGGUUGUACAAAACUUUUAACAACUUUUUAGCUACCCAUGUUGCCCAGUACUUAGCUAACCCUUAAUGCACAGUUUUUUUAAGAACCACAGAACCGUUUCUAAACAGCCAUGCCAUAAACAGGCAAGACUCUAAUUUGCAUAACAAUAAUAUGGAGAGUUAGCGUAUUUGAACUGCUGUGUGGUCUUUGUUGUCUUACCAAUGCUAUUGUUCUCUGUUCUCAUCAGUCGCAUACUCAGGCCUAGAAAAUAUAUUUCUCUUCGUGGCAGAUCAGUUUCAAAUGUCUUGGGACAGAUGCCACAAAACCUUUGAAUUUCAACAAGCGUCAAUGAGGUCAAUCCCCCCGCCCCCUAUUCAAUGUUGUGUGCCAUUUCUCGUCAGAUUUGAUGUGUUUGGUUUAAACAACAUUGAUUGGGGAGGGGAGGGGAGGGGAGCGGUAUUGUGUGUAACAAACUGUAAUGAUCUACUUACAAUCUAAAACUACAUGUGUCCCAACAACUUUUGAAAGUCAUUCAGCACAAUCCAAAAAUAAACAGUCAAACAUAAAAGUUCCUGAUGCUUGUGAUGUUACUCUGAGUGUAUAUCCACACCGGGCAAGCUUGAAAAAUAUGCCUGACCACGGUGGGAAUCGAACCUACGACCUUUGGAAUACCAGCCCAAUGCUCUGCC